AAAACCCAUUCGCAAAACUAGACUGUGCAGGACACUACCAGCACAUUAACACUACUCAAAGAAGUAAUGAAACUAUGAUGUCAUGACAGAGAAGAAAUAAUCAGUUUGUUUGUAACCUGCACUGCAUUCGCAGAGCCAUACCUUCAUGUGACACGUGGGGCAAUAAGUAACACAUUUUUAUCAAAGGGGAACGACCAUCUAUGACACUGGAGUUUGAACUCAACUAUAUAAGGAAUACUUCAGAUGAACCAUCGGUCUUCGGGCAAGUUGCCAGUCUUGGGCAUGGAUGAAAUGUUGAAACUGAAGAGAUCUCUCAUGUUGCUAUCUAUCUCUUACAUUCCAGAAACCAUGUCAUUGCAUCGUAUGUGUGGAAUAUUUGUAUUCCUCAGUGUAUGUCUGAUUUCCUUCACAUCACCUUGUAAUGGAGGAAAAAUUCUGGUGUUCCCUGUGGACGGCAGCCACUGGAUAAAUAUGAAGAUCCUGCUGGAAGAACUUCAUGCCAAGGGACACAGCAUCACUUUGAUAAGGUCCUCCUCCAGCUGGUACAUCUCAGAAAAGUCUCCCCUCUACAAAUCCAUUAACAUUGAAAUGGAUACAGGUUUCGAGAGCUUCUUUGAGGUGUACCUACAGGAGCAUAUGAGGGCGCAGAGAGAGGGGGCUUCAGCACUUACUUUCUUCAAACUCACCAAGGAUUUCAUGUCUAUGAUUUCUCAGGCUCAUUCAUUGUGGGCUGAUGCCCUCACUCGAUUCUUUGAUGAUGAAAAUUUGGUCAAAAGCUUAAAGGAUUCCCAAUUUGAUCUUGUUCUCACUGACCCAGCUAUAGCACCAGGGGUCGUAAUAGCCAAGUAUCUUAAACUGCCCAUGGUACUUAAUGUUCGCUGGAUCACCAGCGGUGAAGGCCACUUUGCGAUAGCCCCUUCACCAGUCUCUUAUAUCCCAGUGCCAGGAUCGGGCUUAACGGACAAAAUGAAUUUCAUCCAAAGGGUCAAGAACAUUCUUUUCUACGGCAUUGUAGUAUUCCAGCAGGAAUUCAUGGUGGGGCCGAGCUAUGAUGCCAUCUGUGAUAAAUACAUCCAGGGUGGAUGUGACAUCAUCUCGCUACUUCAGGAAGCAGAUAUUUGGCUGUUCCGGUCAGAUUUUGUUUUUGAAUUCCCUCGGCCCACAAUGCCAAAUGUUAUCUACAUAGGAGGGUUCCAGUGCAAACCAGCUCAACCUCUGCCAGCAGACCUGGAGGAGUUUGUUCAGAGUGCGGGGGAGCACGGAGUUAUCAUCAUGACUCUGGGAACUUUGGUCAACGCUUUGCCCAAAGAGGUUGCAGAUGAAAUCGCCAGUGUCUUUGCCAAGAUGCCUCACAAGGUGAUUUGGAGGCACAAGGGGGAGCGUCCCUCUACUUUGGGAAACAACACCAUGAUAGUGGACUGGAUGCCACAGAAGGACCUCCUGGGCCACCCGCAGACCAAAGUCUUUGUAGCUCAUGGAGGAACCAACGGAGUCCAGGAGGCCAUUUACCACGGGGUCCCUGUGCUCGGUAUACCCUUGUUCUUUGACCAGUAUGACAACCUUUUACGUCUGCAGGAGAGAGGUGCCGGAAAGAUCAUUCAGCUAGCUGAUGUUAACGGCCAAAGUUUUGAGCAAGGUAUUCACGAAGUGCUCUAUCACGACAGCUACAGACAGAACAUGCAAAGACUCUCACGUUUGCACAGAGAUCAGCCGAUGACACCCAUGGAUCAGGCCAUCUUCUGGGUGGAAUAUGUGAUGCGCCAUAAAGGGGCUCCUCAUCUGCGUACAGAGGCCUAUAAGAUGCGUUGGUAUGCAUACUACUGUUUAGAUGUACUGCUACUAUUGCUGACUGCAGCAACUGUACUGUUUAUUUCUACUUUGGCCAUUUUCAGGUUUCUAUGCUGCAGAGCUAUAAUAAUGACCAAAACCAAACAACACUGAUUAAGGUGAAAUUGGUUCAGAAAUAUGCUACAAUGAGUUCUCUAAAGCAUUAUAUUUGGACAAAAACAUACAUCUUAUGAUAUCUCUUUUGUAUUGUUUUAGUAUUUCUUAAGUAAAAUUACUAUUAAUCUGUUGAUUUAGCCAUGUUAAACAAUACAGUAGCUAAAGAAAUGUCACCCCUUUAUGUUUCUAAAAUAAUUGUCAAAUGUAUUUGGAUAGAUUAAGAUUUAUAUUGCAUAAUACCCAUGAAUAAUUUGUGAUAGUCUGAUCUUGGGAGAGUAAUUUGGCAAGUGUAUACAUUCUCUCUCUCUCUAUUUGUGUCUGUUUAUCAGAGGUGACAUUUACCGAGGUUGCACUUAUCUGACUAGAUUGAUGUGUUCAUAUUCAGGCUGUUCUCAUGAACCAUUCAUACAUAUAGCUAUGAAAAGUAAUGCACUGUAAUUCAUAUGUAUUUCACAUAUUAUGCACCACAUUGACUGCUGCUGUAUAAGGCCGCGAAGAUCCAUCUAUGGAGGAGGUUGAGGUGGAAGGGUGGGUCCUAAAACAAGGAGCUUUCAAGCAGGGGAGGGGAGUUUGUGUGCUGGAAAAAGUUAAGGGAAAAACACAAGACUUUUACCCAAGAAACGGGUGUUCAUGUACCAGAAGUACUACUUAAGGGGGGCCAGUGUUUUAACUCAAAACAAUCUUUUUUCUAAUCCUAACUAGUUGUUUUGGUGCCUAAACUUAACUGUCGUCGCAGGACAGUCACCUCCUGUCACCUCCUGUCACCUCCUGUCACCUCCUGUCAACUGUAACUUCACGGUGCUCUAUAUCCGGCUCACAGGCCAGCAGUCGACGUAAUUUCGUAGGAUAUCAUACAGAUUGUUAUGCAUAGGUUUUUGUACGAUAUCAUACGAAACCCUUCAUGAGAAUAAGUUUCCAUAAAGGGACACUAUGUCAUUUUCCAAUGGACUUUCCCGCAAAUGUAUUUACUUUCACAUAAUGGACAACAGUCCACCAAGUCAUGAUUAAUUUUUUUUGACAUUUUUACUUUGGUCUGUGAUCUUUCCAACAGAUAAUGAAUAACUUGGGUGUACCUUUGUCCAUCCUCAGAGCCUUCAAAAGGCAAAACCAAUGUUCAACCUAAUUUUCUUUUGCUGCUCUUCAACGGCUACCACGACACUCCAUUAUCCUUGACGUUUGACUAUAGUAAGUAGCACUGCACCCAGAGUGGAUUUUUUGCCUUCACCUGAGACUUAAGGGUAAAACAGAAGUAAUGUGACAUAGUCACACUGAAAAGUCAGUUGUAACAGAGGCAAUAGUGAAACCAGCUAUUACCCAAUAUUUGAGCUUUAAUAGAGAAGGUUCUUAAAAUUAUUUUUUUUAACUUUAUUUUUUUAUUUUGUUAUUUAAACUGCAUUAGCCUAAACUAUUUUUCACACAGGUCUUACAAUAUCAAAUAUAUUUUCAAAGUUGGUCCAAGUAAUAGUCAGUAGGUGAUUUGCAAAUAUUCAACAGGGGGGAUGUUCAUCCACAUGAAUGACUCUUUUAGUUCUCCAUCCAUCCAUCGUCCACUUCCUUUUCCCGAGCCACAUUAACCAGCUCUGACUGGGGGAUCCCAAGGUGUUCCCAGGCCAG